AGUGGAUCGACACUAUCGUCAAUGCAAGGAGAAGUGGGGCUGGGUGCGUCGUGCCAUGGCCAAUAGUGGAAAUGGCCUUGACAGAACCACUUUCACAUUCACACUUUCUGAGUCAGAAAAGCAAAGACUCAAUAAAACUGCAGUCAAUUAUCUUACCAGACCCAUUAGGUUCUUUCAUCAAUUGGAAGAGUUAUUCUCGGAUCAAUCUCAUGCUGAUGGCUCACUCGCAGUUGACCAAACCACUGUCAAUGUGGAUGAUGGUAGUGAUGACAGCGAGGAUGUGAGGGAACUUGAGGGAAAUCUAAUUCCAGCAGACAGUGAUGAAGCUGACUCUGACACUAUUGAUCGUCGCAGUCCUAAAGUCGACUUGGAUGGCAAUCCAUUAAACAAGAAGCGCAAGUGUGCAUCAUCAUCACCUUCCAAGAAGCCAACCAAGGGCAAAGCAAACAAGAAGGGCAAGGUAUCUAAUGAUGAUAUGGUAACCAGUAUCAAGAAGCUAGCUGAAUCCCUUGCAUCCCCUAUUGUGUCUGUGCAACCAAUGCCACCUGCAGAUCCUUAUGCAAAUCUUUGGAAGCGGAUCAAUGCCCUUACCAUCCCAGCUAAGGAUAAACUUGAGAUUGUUGCCUAUCUAUCCAAGCCAGACCAAGAUAUCUUUCGUAGUUAUCUUAACUAUGCCGAUGAAACAAUUCUUCGAGAGUGGGUCAUUAGCUACUUUGAGCCUCAGUUUCAUGAAGGUGGCAAUGAUGGAUCUGCGGCUGCUCACUGAAUUGCCACAUGGUUAGAUAGAGUUUGUGGCAACCUUUUGUUUAUAUGGCUAGGAACGCUUUAACACGUAGUGGGAGCAUGGAUAACAUCAUCAUGCAUAUUUUGUCUAUAUACAGCAAACUUGGGUGCAUCAUGUACUGUUUGUAUGGAGUGCAUUUGGUGCAUGGCUGGCUGUUUAUGUCCUAGAUGGUAUGGUAAAGGAUGUGAACCUUAUUCCGUCUAUCAUGUAUCAGACAAUAUAUGAGCUACUUAAUGUAUGAGUUUAAUUCUGAAGUUCUGAAAA